GCUCCGGAGCCAACCGGGGCCUUGGCCUGUCUCCCCUCAAGGGGGGCGGGCCCGAGAAGCCCUGCCGCCGGGCGACCCGGGGUCAGGGAGGCCCGCCCGCCCGCCUUCCGCAGGGCCCCUGAGCCCCACACCGCGUAGGAGCUCGAGGGUGCGGGAGGGAGGGAGUCGCAAGCCACCCAUUUCCUGAGAGGUGCACGGGAGUGCGGAUGGGGUGCUGUCUCCUGGGCUGUUGUCCUGGCACCCGCCCGCAGUGACCAGGGCGCCCGAGGGGCUCAGGUAGCGCCCGCUUGACGUCCCGGUGCGAGGCUGUCGCCACCCGAUGAUCCAGACCGCGACUGUCCUAGGCCUCCCAGCACCGCUGUUUCCGCAGGAAGGUGCCGAGGCAGGAGUCAGGCCUGGGCUGUCAUCACCCAUUCAUUGAUCCUCAAUGAUACAGUCACACCGCACUUCUCCAGCAGUUCGAUUCUCAACCAAGUUGUUCACAGAAAAAAAGUCUCGGUUGUCGACCAAAACUUCAGUUUUGGACCUGACAACCUUUCAUGCUGAGACCUCUACCUGACAAAAAGCAUCUCUCUGGCAACAAAGGAAAGAAUGCUUUUGUGAUUAGCACAUUUUUCAAACAGAAAGAGUGCUAAUGUUGCUAAGGGUGUGAACGCGCUCAUAAGCUAACAAGCACAGACAGUUGAAUAGGUAGAAAAAUUUGUUUGUAUAAAGGAAAAGCAGUGAGCCAGUGGUAGCACUUUAGAGGCAGUGAUACAUGGAAAAUCAGUUUAAGGCUAAUAGAGGGUGUUUCAAUAAAUUUAAGAAAAGAAGUGCUUAUUUAUAGAUUAGACAUGUACUGUAUAUACUAGUAAGAAAGGUUAAAAUGGAAUCAUUUGGAGUUUUGGAACGGAUUAAUUCAAUUUACAUUCUUUCUGAUGGGAACAAAUGAUUCAGUUUUCUAACAAAUCGCUUCUCCAACAGCUUUCCAGAACGAAUUAAGUUCAAGAACUGAGGUUCAGUGUGCUAAGUAUUUACUUUGUGUCAAACAUUGAGCUAGGUACUGGGAUACAACGUCUGAUAUGACAACUCGGUUCCUGCCCACAGUACACAUAGAAGCUAGUAUGGUAGCUUAGCUUCCCCCUCUGUCCAUAUUCAUAUGCUGACCCUCUCUUCUCCCAGGUCUUGCCUGUGGUGACCACAAUGCCCCAGGCCUCUGAGCACCGCCUGGGCCGGACCCGAGAGCCACCUGUCAAUGUCCAGCCCCGAGUGGGAUCCAAACUACCAUUUGCCCCCCGGGCUCGCAGUAAGGAGCGUCGAAACCCAGCCCCUGGGCCAAACCCCAUGUUACGGCCUCUGCCUCCCCGGCCAGGUCCACCUGAGGAACGGCUCAAGAAACUGGAGCUGGGACAAACACGGACCUCAGGCUCUCGUCCCAGAGGCCCCCUUCGGGCAGAUCAUGGAGUUCCCCUGCCUGGCUCACCACCCCCAGCUGUGGCUCUGCCUCUCCCAACCAGGACCAACUUAGCCAGGUCCAAGUCUGUGAGCAGUGGGGACUUGCGUCCAACAGGGAUUGCCUUGGGAGGGCAUCGAGGUGCUGGAGAGCUAGGGGCUGCACUGAGCCGCUUGGCGCUCCGGCCUGAGCCACCCACUUUGAGACGUAGCACCUCUCUCCGCCGCCUAGGGGGCUUUCCUGGGCCCCCCACCUUGCUCAGUAUACGGACAGAGCCCCCUACUUCCCAUGGCACUUUCCGCGUGAUAUCCGCCCGGCCCUCCAAGCCUUUCUACUUCGAUGACAAGAUGGCUCAUCACACACUGCUUCUGGGCUCUGGUCAUGUUGGCCUCCGAAAUCUGGGGAACACGUGCUUCCUGAAUGCUGUGCUGCAGUGUUUGAGCAGCACUCGGCCUCUCCGGGACUUCUGCCUGCGAAGGGACUUCCGGCAAGAGGUGCCUGGAGGGGGCCGAGCCCAAGAGCUCACUGAAGCCUUUGCAGAUGUGAUUGGUGCCCUGUGGCACCCUGACUCUUAUGAAGCUGUAAAUCCUACUCGGUUCCGAGCUGUCUUCCAGAAAUACGUUCCCUCCUUCUCUGGAUACAGCCAGCAGGAUGCCCAGGAGUUCCUGAAGCUCCUCAUGGAGCGGCUACACCUUGAAAUCAACCGACGAGGCCGCCGGGCUCCCCCAAUCCUGGCCAGUAGCCCAGCUCCCUCUCCACCCCACCGUGGAGGGGCUCUGCUGGAAGAGCCGGACUUAAGUAGUGACAAUGACCGGGCCAACCUAAUGUGGAAGCGUUACCUGGAGCGAGAGGACAGCAAGAUUGUGGACCUGUUUGUGGGCCAGUUGAAAAGUUGUCUCAAGUGCCAGGCCUGUGGGUAUCGCUCCACGACCUUCGAGGUUUUUUGUGACCUGUCCCUGCCCAUCCCUAAGAAAGGAUUUGCUGGGGGCAAAGUGUCUCUGCGGGACUGCUUCAGCCUUUUCACCAAGGAAGAAGAGCUAGAGUCGGAAAACGCCCCAGUAUGUGGGGUUCAAACGGUGUGUGACCGAUGUCAGCAGAGAACACGAAGUACCAAAAAGCUGACAGUACAAAGAUUCCCCCGGAUCCUCGUACUCCAUCUGAAUCGGUUUUCCGCCUCCCGAGGCUCCAUCAAGAAAAGCUCCGUAGGUGUGGACUUCCCGCUGCAGCGCCUGAGCCUGGGGGACUUUGCCAGCGACAAAGCCGGAAGCCCCGUCUACCAGCUGUACGCCCUCUGCAACCACUCGGGCAGCGUCCACUAUGGCCACUACACCGCCCUGUGCCGCUGCCAGACCGGCUGGCACGUCUACAAUGACUCUCGGGUCUCCCCGGUCAGUGAGAACCAGGUGGCGUCCAGCGAGGGCUACGUGCUCUUCUACCAGCUGACGCAGGAGCCGCCCCGCUGCCUGUGAAACCCUGCCCCCCCCCAAGCCCGGGCUCCCCGUUUACCUCAGAGACGUCUAUUUUUGUGUCUUUUUCAUUGGGGAGGCGGAGGGUGAUUGUAGCACCCAUUUUUUAAAUUAAAAAGUACCCUUCCACCUGGAGGUCCCCCUGUGCCCCAGCCCCAUGUACAGAGCUCCCCAGGCCCCGCCCGUGUACGGCCCCGGACUUCAAUCUCACUUUUUGUGAAUAAAUUUAUUAAGAAAAA